AUGAAGGGCAGUCCAGGAGAGCGAGGAGACCUAUCUGUAAAAUUCUCGCGGCUUAAGGGAGAAACUGUAUUUGUCGUCAUCACCGGGGACCGUGACAUGCGCCCGGCGGUGCAAAAGGUGUUUGACAGCGGUAUCCGAGUUGAGCUCUGGGCGUGGAGUUUCGCUCGCGCCAGGGAAUAUUUCGCUCUCAAUGCGUCCGAUGACCUGUUCUCACUGCACGAUCUGGAUUCUAUUUACGAGAAGAUCUCUUUCACCAACUUUCGCCCCGAACAAUUCGAGCAUUCUCUUUGCCACAAGAUUUUGAGCCUUCGGCGCGUGUUCUACACCGCCUGGUCUAGGGAUGGAGGUGAACUAUUCGUCGAAUAUCCCCGCGCCAAGGGCGUGGAUGAGUUCGAUAAUAUCAUGGAGAAAAUGCGGCAGCUGUUCGACAGGUUGCUCAAGGUUCUUUCGUGGCCCGAGUACAUCACAAAUUACGGUGGUUGGGAUUUCACUUCUUCAGUGGAAGGGACCAGCUACCGUUACGUAACCAUGGGGAAUGAUGUCGAGGCUGAGCAGGACGUAGAGGCAGAGGAUGAAGCAGGGAAUGACAGCGGCACCAAGGAGGUAGCUAGCACUGGCGAGGUGACAGAGAAGAAGAAAGAUAAUGAUGAUGGGUGGCAGACGGUCGGAGCUAAUCCCGCAAAAAACCAUCACCGCGCUAUUCAGCGAACGCAGGAUUGCAGAUACGGCAUUCGCUGUGCGAGGAAGGGUGAAUGCGGUUCCAAGCAUAGCGAGAAGGACCGAAAGUUGUUUCAGAGGUAUCCAAAUAUUGAUUUUCGUUGA